CCUUCGCCUCGGCCUCCUCGCGCGCACCCCGGGGACUGGAUCUGCCUUACCGCGAGCGGCGUUUCGAUCCCUUUUCACAUCUCUAUGCAUUUCCCCCCCACGGAGAGGGAGGACCAAGCGGAGGAGGAGGAGUGACGGGGGGGGGGCGGUCUAAGCCCCCCAAACAGCCGACCAAGGCGAAAAAGCAGAGGGAAAUCACGUCCGUUCUCCGCCCCCCCCCGCCGCCCCCGGCGCUCCUCUGCUUUUGUCCCCUUCCGCUCCCGGCUUUGGUUUUUAUUUUAUUUUAUUUAAAUACUGUGUCCAGCGCGUGUGGAUUUUUUUUUCUUUCUCUUUUCUUUUUCCUCCUCCCGGUCUGCUCCCCCCCCUUUCCCCCCCCUUUUUCUUCUUCUUCUUCUUCUUCUUUUUCGCCGCCGAUCUCCAUCACAAAACCUCUCUGGCAUGAGUUAAACAGCAGAAAUGGACACCAAACAUUUUCUUCCGCUGGGUGGCUGGUGGAAGAGAAAUGCAAAACACGAAGACGUCACGAUACAGGAUUUUUCUGCCCAAGUCAACUCUACCUCCUUAAGUUCUCCGACGAGCCGUGGGCCUAUGAACGCACCUUCCCUCCAUCCAUCUAUGGGGCCUGGCAUCGGAGGCUCCUUGGGGUCCCCCGGGCAGCUCCACUCGCCCAUCAGCACGCUGAGCUCGCCCAUCAACGGCAUGGGGCCGCCCUUCUCCGUCAUCAGCUCCCCAAUGGGGACUCACUCGAUGUCCGGACCGUCCGCCCCCGGCCUUGGGUUUGGGACUGGCAGCCCACAGCUCAAUUCCCCCAUGAACCCCGUGAGCAGCACAGAAGACAUUAAACCCCCUUUGGGCAUCAACGGGGUCCUUAAAGUGCCAGUGCACCCCUCAGCCGCCAUGGCCUCCUUCACGAAGCACAUAUGCGCCAUCUGCGGGGAUCGAUCUUCAGGUAAACAUUACGGGGUGUACAGUUGCGAGGGCUGCAAGGGCUUCUUCAAGCGGACGGUGCGGAAGGACUUGACGUACACCUGCCGCGACAACAAGGACUGCUUGAUCGACAAGCGCCAGCGGAACCGAUGCCAGUACUGCCGGUACCAGAAGUGUCUUGCCAUGGGCAUGAAGAGGGAAGGGAUGGAGCACCAUCCAUCCCGGCCCACAAGACUCCCUGGAAGGCAGGAAGAACAAGCUGUGCAAGAGGAGCGGCAGCGAGGCAAAGACCGCAAUGAGAACGAGGUGGAGUCCACGAGCAACGCCAACGAGGAGAUGCCCGUGGAGAAGAUCCUAGAAGCUGAACUCGCCGUGGAGCCAAAGACGGAGACGUACAUCGAAGCGAACAUGGGCCUCACCCCUAACUCGCCCAACGACCCGGUUACCAACAUCUGCCAAGCGGCAGACAAGCAACUCUUCACGCUGGUGGAGUGGGCGAAAAGGAUCCCCCACUUCUCAGAACUGCCGCUGGAUGACCAGGUCAUCUUGCUCCGGGCCGGGUGGAACGAAUUGUUGAUCGCCUCUUUCUCUCACCGCUCCAUAGCCGUGAAAGACGGAAUCCUCCUCGCCACAGGUCUCCACGUCCACCGGAACAGCGCGCACAGCGCCGGGGUCGGCGCCAUCUUUGACAGAGUAUUGACGGAACUCGUGUCGAAAAUGAGAGACAUGCAGAUGGACAAGACGGAGCUGGGCUGCUUGCGAGCCAUCGUGCUCUUCAACCCUGACUCAAAAGGGCUGUCCAAUCCUGCCGAGGUAGAGGCUCUGCGCGAGAAGGUGUACGCGUCCCUCGAGGCCUACUGCAAACACAAAUACCCCGACCAGCCUGGGAGGUUCGCCAAGCUUCUGCUUCGCCUCCCGGCCCUGCGGUCCAUCGGCCUGAAAUGCCUGGAGCACCUCUUCUUCUUCAAGCUAAUAGGGGACACGCCCAUCGACACCUUCUUGAUGGAGAUGCUAGAAGCGCCUCACCAAAUGACUUAGGGCGCAGCCUCUGGCGAGACUCGCACCCCCGUCUUUUCCCUGCCGCCACCACGACACCUCCUACCCCGCUGCCGCUGCCUCGUCCACCUCGGCGCAAAAAGACGCGCCCUCUGCGCUGCUCCCCGUGACGCCACCCGAUGAAACGGCGGACUCGGCCGGCUUGCUGCUUUCACCGUCUCCGUGCAUCUGAGGAUCAGUGUUCCAAAUGCGCAAAGGGGCCGGCCGCCUGCUGACGGGCACAUGGGCGCCUCUCUCCCGGCCCAGGCAGAUUUCGAAACAGCCCACUCCUCUGCCCCAUGUCUGUGGCUUUGGUUGUCCUCCCGACACACACACACACACACACACACACACACACACACCCCUGGGGUACAUUAGGGUGGAUUUCAUUUAUUUGCGUCACUGCAGACAGUUGAGACUUUGGGCAGAAUGGAAGGGAUGCCAUUUCUCCACCGCCCCCAGCUCAGAAAGAAAGAAGGCGGCCGGGUUGGGGUGGAAGGAACCGAUCUUCAACGUCUCCUGGAACUUAGCGAGAUUCUUCUAGAGCCAUAUUUAAAUUAAGAGCAAGGGAUUGUGGGAGACAGGGUGUGGUGGGUUCGUAUGCAGCAGGUGAGAAUUCCACGUGGGCAUGAAGGACGUCUCUUCCCUCCUUUCCAUUUCUGGUGUCCAAAGAUGACCUUCUCUCGGUAUCACAAUGAGCCCAUCCAUGCUUUAAACCUGCGACAGUCAAGGCUGCAGGUCCACCUUCGCUUGCGUCAUACCCACAAUGCACAGCACCUUUGCUGUCCCAUGCAUACCGGUUGCCUGGGACGGCAAUAUGGGGGAGAGGCCCGUCAUUCCAUCUAGCUGAACACCGUUGAAAAGAGUACAUUGGAUGACCUGGACUUCCAGUCUGAUCCAGCAAACUCUUGCCAUGGUGAUGCUCUCUUCCGCCCCAAACAUAAGUCACCCCCUUUUUUGGGGUGUGUGUGCGUCUUCUUCUUCUUCUUUUAAAUGGAUGCAGCUAUGGUAACUCAGGCCUUCAGCCACCUCUGACCUAUUCACCAGAAACCCAUGUCAGCAAACACCUCUUUUUGCAGCCCCAGCCAGCCAGGCAGAGAAAAUCAGCAGGGUGAUUGAGUAAAAAAGGAAAAGUAAGUUUCUAGUCCCUCAGGGUUUUGACUGCUGCUUGCUCAAAAACACGCCUUGGGGGGGGGUGUCUCUCUCGGUUGGAGUGUUCCUCUUUUCACAGGUGUUUCCUAAGCCAAGUUGUUGUUUUCUUUUUUUCUUAAAACAAGCAAACAGAAUAAAUGGUGAAGGAGCUAGUUGAUUUGGUCAAAGAAAGUGACUAUUCUUAGUAGGCUGGGUCAAGGCCAAGAGUGAGGUGAUGGUGGUUGGCCUCAACCCAGGAGGUUCCCCAGGACGUCUGUUUGCUGGUUGUGUGUGUGGACGCCUUGCUCGUUCUAUAAAUAUCAUGCCCCCCCCCCUUCUGCCACCGUAGGUCCUGCCAUCCAUUGCAGCUGGCUCUUUAAAUGGAGGCCUUGUGAGUUCACGGUGUUCCGCGUUGGUUUUCUGCUGCUGUCUUUUCUCCCCUCAUUCCCUGCUCUCCAGCUCUGCCUUUCCACCCCUUUUCCAGGAGCAAACCUUCCGCACCUCCUUAAGAUCUCAGGAGGCGGCUUCUUCCCUGCCUCCCCUCCCCACACGCGGAGGCUCCAAGUGGCCCCUUGCCAGAAGCGAGGGAGGGAAAUCUGGCUUGGUUUUGUCACCGUCUUGCACACUGCUGAAAAUGUUGCCCUGGAAAUUGGGGAAGGGCUGCUUUGCCAAGAAAAUGAGGCAAACGCACUUUGCAGGGGGUGCUAACGGGGGCAGGGGGGAGAGAGGCCUUUCUGAGGACGCAGCUCCCUUGCUCCGUGUUGCGGUCCACGUGAGCCCCCAAGGGCACCCUUGAGCCCCCAUCCCAGGAUUCGCAGCUCCAGGUUUGGCAGAUUUGAAGACUCUGACAGGGGAGCAUUUUUUUUAAAAAAUUAGGAUUUUGACGUCCUCAGCACCGAACUCCCAUUUAAGAUUUUUAGAUGGGUUCAGGGUUUGGGCUUUGCCAGAGCGGCAUUUGCUCCCUCCAGCCCGUCAGUUGGGCCGUGGCCGUUUGCCAGCCCCAGUUAGCGUUCUCCUGUCCUAACUGCCUGUGCUGACGAACGGGACGUGCCACUGAAUGCACCCUUGGAGACGGUUCCCAUUAAAAGCAAGCGCUGUGCAGGUGGGGCCAUGCCCAAUCCACCACGUUUCCUGCCCGGAAGCUUGCUUCAGUGGGCGGACCUCCUUUCCUGGUUCGGGGCAGGCGCGUGUAGAUUUUGAACGGCAGGCGCCGGAACCCCCCUUCCCCCGCGGUCAGGCAAACGUCAUCGCCAAAGACUUGUGGACUUUGCACCCCUGGCCAUGGCAGCCUUAAAGCAAAGGACCUUUGUCUCCUUCAUUUCCAUUUUCUUCCAUGUCGUUGGGCUCUUUAUUUUGUGUGUGUUCUUCUUCCAUUAAAAUGGCGCCAUAUGGAUGCCCAACCUCUCUCUUUCUCUCUCUUCCUCCCUUUCUCUCUCUUUCUCUCUUUCACGCCCUGUCUCUCAUCUCCUUCCCAGGAUGCUUUGGUGGUCUGUCUCCUCCUGCUGCACAGUCAGUCGCAUUUUCACCACGUAUUGGGGCCCCCUGAGUCACCUGUAGGGGCUCUUUAACCCUUGCAAUUAAGACACUUCUUUGAAGAGGUACAGGUUGGGCGCGUGUUCUUCAAAGGGGGACAAACAUGCAGCGAAAGGGAAUGACAGAACGCCUUCAAGAGCCGGUUGUGGUUGUAGCUGUUGUGGCUGUGAAUGAAUCAGGUGUCAUCAGUGGCUUCCCUUGUGGAGACGAAUGCUGCAGUUUGUGCUCACAGCUGCCACGCCUGGGGUGUGUGUGAGGUUUGACUUGUAUAGAGGCCUGAAGAGGCAGACGCUUCAUGUGCCCAUCAUCAGAGCAGCUCAGGCUUCCCCAAUCCGGUGGCCUCUACCUGUGCUGGACUACAACUCCCAUUAUCCCUAGUCAGCACUGCUGGGAGGUGUAGCCCAACCCAUGUGGGGAUCCUGAGCUUGGGGUGGCUGGAGGAGCUCGUGCCCCCUGGACUCUCCAGUGGAGAGGACAAUUCCAAGAGGUGAAAGAAGCCGUUCCGUCAAGCGGGGCGAUAUCCCCAGGGCCCCAUUGCAAGUGAUGCUGUUGCAGGAGACGGUGUGAACCGCUCCUUUCUGGAGCACGUGGAAAUCGAGACGUAUGAGAGUUUCAUUGUCGCUCACAAAACGUGGCCGCGCACCCUGCCCAAAGCUCCAGACGGGAGCGCAUGUUCACCAAAACUAUCAGUCAAUGGCUGAACACACGCUUGCUUCAAUCUUGUUCCCGAUUCCCAGUUCGAUUCGCGCACAUUUCCAAAUUCGUGCAUUUUCCCCUUGAAGAGCCUGGAUCGGCUCUGCUUUAGUCGAUGAAGGAAAUUUGCACAAAUUUGGGGAGGUUUGCACAAAUCUCCUGCUCACUUGCUGCUCGGUUUGUGCGAGUUUUCCAAAGCAAUUGCAGAGACGAACGGGAACCGGGCAGAGAGAAUGUUCAAAGGAUCCCGGAGAUCUCCAAUAUUGCUCGUUUGCCCAUCCCUAGACUGGAGAAAAUGCAAAGGUGCCUAAAAGCUCAGCAUUGUGAGCCAUGCAGGGAUGAUAUGACGCUGCUUAAUUCAGCCCUUUCCCGUCCUGUACCGACUGGACCCCGUCUUUUUGCCUUUGGAGUGCCGCCCUUGUUAGCCUGGCCUUACUUUGGUGUAGCAGGAUGGCGCAAGUUCGGGUCCGCUCCCCCUGCUGCUGCUUGGGCGACAUACCCCAAAAUGCCCCGCGAUCCGGCGUGUCUUGAUGGACUGGCGACAUCCCUGUCUGGAACAAGAUUGCAUGACACAUUUUAAGUUGAGACAUGUGUGUGUGUAUACAUGUAUGUAGUGUAGAUAUAUACGCUGUAUAAAAUAUCUUCAUUCACAUAUACAUAUAUUAUACCCACUUUUAGUGUUAUUUUUGCAUUCUCCAUUCUUCUUGUUUAUUUUAUUUUAAUUCUCUUGUUCCUUGUUCUUCUUCAUAUUUUUAUUUGCUUUAUGAAAGCAAGUACUUUACAUUGGAACCUCCUGAUCCGCCCCAGAACCCUUGCUGGUGAGUUGGGGGUCACCAAAACUGGAUCUUUGUAAGCCUAGAAGUGGGGGAAAUGUUGCAUCUAUUUUAAGAUGCUUUUGUGGGGGGGGGGGGGCUUAGCGGGGGGGGGGGAGGAACAGCAGCUGGAUUGAACAAUAGCUUUAGCAAAUUCCCAACACAUAGGAAUAUGGAUGCCUUCACUAUGGAGUGCAUAGCUUAAAAAAAAAGAUUUUUAAAAAGUUAGAAAGCAUUACAAAAAAAAAUUAAAAUAAAAUUUUAAAAAGAGAGAAGGUAAGCAAAAUAUCUAAAACGUCAAUAAAGUUAAAUAUCUAUUUUUGUACAAAUGUAAUUUUAUCCCUUACAUAGUCUUAGAUAAUUUGAGGUUUGGUUUUUUUGUUGUUGUUGUGGGGGGGGGGGGCGGGAAAAUGCUUUUACAGAAUUUGUUCAAAAUCUCUCAUUGAUAUGUUCAAUGUUUGUAUUGUGUUGAAAUAUCUUCAUUCGAAAUCUCUCAAGAAAACAUUUUCUUUUGAAUGAGUGGAUUUUUAUUUCCUCCCAACCAAGUUACUUUUGGAAACACACACACACACACUCACACACACACACACACACACACAGAGCCUUUUGUUGCAUCCCCUCCAACCCCUCUCCCCCCCCCCGCGCCCCCCCUCCCACGCCCUCCGCCCUGCAGUAUUAUCCUGCAGGUCUACUCUACUGUGAAAUCACUACCGUGUAUUAUUGUUCACUAAAAAAAAAAAAGUAAAUGGGGGGGGAAUCAAAUUUCUGCUGGAAAUGCCAGUAUUUUGAAGAAAUGUAUUAGAAUUGUUUUAAAAAAGUAAAAGAAAAUAUAUGAGCAUUUUAAAAUAUAA